GGAAAUGUUAUCGCAAGAAUGGAUAUUGGUGUUUUUGAUUACGGGAUCAGCGACAGCAAUGAUGCCCGUGCCCAUCGUCCAUCAUAUGGCGGACGAGUUGUUGAGAAGCGCGCCAGACACUGUUAUUAGGAAACAACGAUCUUUGGAUACGAAUCCCCAAGGAUAUUACAAUGAUCUUCGUUCGUUUAAAUAUCAUGGAGGGGAGGGAGAGAGAAAGCUCGAUAGGGAAUACCAAGGAGAAAGGGAAAUGGGAGAGGACGAGGAAUAGAAUUCUUACCCAGUGGUACGUAAUAAUGAUAAUAAUGAUGUGUUAUAUAUAUAUAUAUAUAUAUAUAUGAACCGUUUGAACGUUUAGGAGGAACAAAUUCCAUCGCUGUUCCGUGAACGUGAACGAAGCUCCGGUCGUAAGAGGGAUUUUAACUCUGAUCGAUUGAACAUCGACAAUAAAGAGCUGACGAAAUUACUCUUGGAGGAGUUGCAGGAUGGAUCUUCCUACAAUCUCGGGGACUUGGAUGACGAAGGAUACGUGGACGUCCGUCAGAUGCUUUAUGAUCGAUAUAGAGGCGAUCGAGGGAACAAGAUGUACGAUAGGAAUUCAGGUCCGAUGUCCUGGGGAGCAUUGUUGAAUAAAGAAUCAUCGAUCCGAGGACAAGGUAGAAUAUCGGACGAGAACGAAUUCAACGAUCGGGAACAAGAUCCGAAUCUGUUGUAUCUGUCUAUGGAUGAGCAAAGAAACAUGAACGGUGGAUAUCCUACGGAACGAGCUAUGAGGAGCUAUAGAAACGCGGCUAAACGUUAUUUCGUGGCCAAAAGAAGCCCGAAAGUUAUACCUGCCAAGAAAGAGAUUACCGAUCCUAAGGUUGCACAAGACUUAGGGGCAUUAUUUGGCACCCAAUCUGUGAAUAAUAAUCAAAACCAUACGUAUAACUACAAGAAUCACGAUCACGAACAUAAUCACGAUCCCGAUCACGAUCACGAUCACGAUCAUGAUCACGAUCACGAGCACGAGCAUGAUCAUGAGCACGGGGGGGAUCAGCAUAAACAUGAGAAUUCUUCAGAGGCGCCAAAAGUGAUGUUGCCAUCGAAAGGGCAAAAAGAGAAUGUAACAAAAUUAAACAAAUCGAAGUCUAUCGAGGUCAGGAAAAAGAGCGUCGAUUGGUCUCAAUAUUUUGGUAUUGAUAAAAGAAGGAAAAAGGCUGCAUUAAUGGCCGGACAAGGAACUCAGAAUCAAGAUGAUGAAUGGAUGUUACAACGAUAUUAUGAAAAUAUGGUGGAAAAUCUGAGACCGAAUGAACGAGAUUACGAAAAGGAAAUUAACGAAGGGAAAGAUAAAUUGAACCAAUUGGAUUCGAGACAGAAAAACAUUAAAGACUUGAUUCUUGAGGAAGCUAUGAGAUAUGGAAAUUCUGAGGAUGAUAUAGAUAUGCAAAAGGUAAAAGAUAAGGUAAUGGCUCGAAUGGCUGCUGCGUACUCUUUUGAGAAAAUGAGAAAAGCUCUAAACGAUCUCAGAAACAAUGUUGCGGCUAGAAUAGAGGCUCAAAAGGCGAUCUAUGCACAGAAUAAUCAAUCCUCGAACUUUCGAGAAAAUAGCAACAUUCCUAAAUCCAAAGAUAAACGCAUCAACAAUUUAAUCGAGACUGAAGAUAUGGAAGAAAAUAGAGCUUGUCCUGAGUUAAAAAUGAUCGAAAAACGAUGCAGAGUUGUAGAUACUUUAGGUGGAGAUGAAUUACAAAUACUCUAUCUUCCUUGCGUUAUGCUUCAAAUCUGCAAGGCUUGUGUACAAAAUGAUCUAGAAGAGGAAUGUUUAGGUAACUAUGCAAUGGAAGCGGGAAAAAUUUGUGAUGCUCAAGAAAUAAGAGAAGGGCCAAAGAGCAGAGAAGCGUGUGCUAGUACAGCUCUGGUAUUAUCGCAAUUACAAACACCAACAGCGAUCUCCGAUCAAUGUCGUCUCGAUGGAAACAAUUCUUGUUUACGACGAUAUCAUUAUCGUUAUUGGCAUCGUUAUCUUAAUUAUCCUUAUAGCGGACGACGAUUGCAUACGGGUUAUGAUACAAUCAGCUCUCAACAAUCGGAUCGAUAAAGAAAGAAUAGUAAAGUUUUAAGUAAUACAGCAUCUAUAAUACAUCGAGAAUGCUUUAUUGAGAAACAUGUUUGGCCCUUCAACAGAUCAGUGACCUCGAAUCGAGCUUCAUUUUUUUCUACCGACUUUCAAUAUUUCGUUCGUUUUGUUUGUUUUAUUAAAAAUAUAGUAUAGUAAGAUCUAGAUAAUAAGAUUAGGAUACUUAAAAUAAUAUAUUAUUUAUUAAUAGAAUACAAGUUAUGUUAACUGUUGUUGAAAAAGUAUUUUGACUUCAGACAAAAAAGAUCAAGUCAAGUCGAAUAAUAUUUUCAAGUCGAUUCGAGAACACGACGAUAAAAAUGAUUAUAGCGUUUGUGUGUAUAAUUAUAUAUUCCGAUAUCAUUUAAUAACAAAAAGAAAGGAGAGACAGCUAGAUUUCAAGUUGAAAGAAUGUUCUCUUUGCGAGGUGUCUUUUAUUUUGAUAAUGAAUGCAACAACAAACGAUAAGGGACAAUAACUUUCGA